GCUGAGCGGAGCCGGCCGCGCGGGCCGGAGGGGACAGCCGCUGGAGCCGCGAGGCCAACCGUCGCCUGGUUAAGCCGGGAAGCGGGACGUCCCGGGUCUUCAGGGAGCAUAGAAGCAGCCCGGGCCUCUCCCAGCCGCCGCUGUGACAGAAAGUCAGUGAGCUGCCGGAGGAUGCCCACCACCACCACCACCACCAGCACGGUCACCCCCGCGGGGAUCCCGGCGGCCCCGGGCCCUGUGAACCCACCGCCCCCGGAGGUCUCCAACCCCCGCAAGCCCGGCCGCAAGACCAACCAGCUGCAGUACAUGCGGAGCGUGGUGAAGACGCUCUGGACGCACCAGUCGGCCUGGCCCUUCUGCCGGCCCGUCGACGCAAUCAAACUGAACCUGCCGGAUUAUCAUAAAAUAAUUAAAAAUCCAAUGGAUAUGGGGACUAUUAAGAAGAGACUAGAAAAUGAUUACUACUGGAGUGCCAGCGAAUGUAUGCAGGACUUCAGCACCAUGUUUAGAAAUUGUUACAUUUAUAACAAGCCCACGGACGGUACAGUGCUCAUGGCCCAAGCCUUAGAGAAAACUUUCCUGCAAAAAGUGGCCCAGAUGCCCCAAGAGGAAGUUGAAGUGCUAGACCCUGCUCCAAAGGGCAAAGGUCGGGAGCCAGCUGCGGGAGCCCGGAGCACAGGUACGCAGCAGGUGGCGGCCGUGUCCUCUGCCUCCCCAGCGACCCCCCUUCAGAGUGUACCCCCCACUGUGUCCCAGACGCCCGUCAUCGCUGCCACCCCUGAACCAACCACCGCACACAUCACGUCGGUCCCAGUGCCCCCAGCUGCCGCCCCACCUCCUCCUGCCACACCCAUCGCCCCCGUGGUUCCUCCUACGCCGCCCGUUGUCAAGAAAAAGGGCGUGAAGCGGAAAGCAGGCGCAACCAGUAACACGACGUCGCCCCCGCCGCUGUCGGACCCCAAGCAGGCCAACGUGGUGGCGCGGCGGGAGAGUGGGGGCCGCCCCAUUACGCCUCCCGAGAAGGACCUGGAGGACGGCGAGGGGCCCCCGCAUGCAGGCACCAAGGGCACGCGGUCUGAGCACCUGCGCGGCUGCGACCGCAUCCUCAGGGACCUGCUGUCCAAGAAUCACGCGGCCUACGCCUGGCCCUUCUACCAGCCGGUGGACGACCACCUCGACGUCAUCAAGCACCCCAUGGACCCCAGCACGGUGAAAAGGAAGAUGGAUGGCGGGCAGCACCCAGACGCACAGGGCUUUGCUGCCGACGUCCGGCUCAUGUUCUCCAAUUGCUACAAAUACAAUCCGCCGGACCAUGAGGUGGUGGCCAUGGCCCGGAAGCUCCAGGCUGUGUUUGAGAUGAGGCUUGCCAAGAUGCCAGAUGAGCCCGUGGAGGCGCCGCCGCUUCCUGCCCCGGCAGCCCCCGUGGUGAGCAUGGGCACCGAGAGCAGCCGCAGCAGAGAGGAGAGCUCUUCGGACUCGGGCAGCUCGGAGGAGGAGGAGGAGGAGGAGGAGCGGGCCACCAGGCUGGCGGAGCUGCAGGAGCAGCUGAAGGCCAUGCAGGAGCAGCUGGCCGCCCUGUCUCAGGCCCCAGUAAACAAACCAAAGAAGAAGAAGGAGAAGAAGGAGAAGGCCGAGGAAGAGAAGAAGGCCAAGGUGGCUCCGCCUGCCAAGCAGGCCCAGCAGAAUAGGGCUCCUGCCAAGAAGGCCACCAGCACCACCGCAGUGGGCAGGCAGCUGAAGAAAGGCGGCAAGCAGGCAUCCGCCUUCUACGACUCGGAGGAAGAGGAGGAGGCCCUGCCCAUGAGCUAUGAUGAGAAGCACCAGCUCAGCCUGGACAUCAACCGGCUGCCCGGGGAGAAGCUGGGCCGGGUGGUACACAUCAUCCAGUCUCGGGAGCCCUCGCUCAGGCACUCCAACCCCGACGAGAUAGAAAUUGACUUUGAGACUCUGAAACCCACCACUUUGCGGGGACUGGAGAGAUAUGUCAAGUCUUGUUUACAGAAAAAGCAAAGCAAACCGUUCUUGAGCGAGAAGCAGGCAGCCAAGUUGAAAGAGGAGCUAGCUCAGGAAAAGAAGGAGCUGGAAAGGCGUCCGCAGGACGUCAGUGGGCAGCUGAGCAGCAGCAAGAAGCCCGCCCAGAAAGAGAAACCCGGCUCUGCACCCUCAGGGGGCCCUUCCAGGCUCAGCAGCGGCAGCUCCAGCGGGUCCAGCUCUGACAGCAGCGACUCAGAAUGAACUGGCUUCGGACACAACCGGACAGAUGGAUGCGGCCCACGCCGAGACUCUGCCUGCCCCUUCUGUGGUUAAUAUAGCACCUCUGUUCCAUGGUGUGCAGGUCUUUUUCAUUCAGCCUUACGAUAUCUUCCAGUUUUUGCUUUCAUAGGUUAGAGCUCUUGUGUGUGCGUCGGAUUUGAUGAGAAGGUGUGUACUCCACAGAAAGGGUCUUCAUCACUGAAUCAGUCACUUGGAGAGGGCAACUUCAAAUGCUAACCCCAUGACCCCAGUAAACCAUGUGAGACUCCCACCAAAGGACCUCAUGGAAUCAAUCCCUUUGCUUAGGCCCAGCCUGGUCUGUAGCUCCAGAAAGAAUCUUUUCCCAGGAAGUGUCUCGGACAUGGGCACCAUACUUGAAAGCUGUUAGCUUUCUAAACAGGUAUUGUCCCUGUCAUUUGGGCCUCAAGCUCUGACCCUCGUGUCUGACGCAGCUGCCUCUUUCUGGAGGGGCUGAGGACCGAUGUGCCUGCUUGUGGGGACAAGGCUGGGCCUAAGCCAAGGGUCAUCGCAGCCCCAGCCCAGAGCGUGGAACCCUUGGGGUGGGGACAGGUGGGGUCAUGGCCAGGAGGGGUGUCGUGUUCUCCGUCGUGGUGAAGUCUGGAGCUCCCCGGAGGGAAUGGCGCGGCUGUGUGUGCAGCCUGCAGGUUUCCAUACACUGAAGCUUUUACCUCAACUUUAAAAAACAGAAGAAAAGAUUAAAAAAACAAAAGGAGGCUUUUUUUGGUAAGGUUUGGCAAUUUUCUACGGAAGUCCAGCCCGAUGUGCGUCCCCGCCUGGCUAGCGCUGGCCCUGCUGCUGCUGCUGCGCCCUUGGGAGCCACUUUCCCGAGCUUAUGUGUAUAUAAUAGUUAUUUAUUAACAUCAUUGCUCAUUUAAAAAAAAAAGAAAAGAAAAACCACAGAAGACAUGCAUUCAAACAAUCGCAGAGAGGCAGGCCUUUUCGGCGGCGUGCCGGGCCCGGGGCCUGUCUGGUGGCAGGCCUGUCGUCUCCAGGUGCUAACCUCUGCCCUGCGCCGUGCCCACCCACGUCUGUCGGCGCUCGCCCCUGGGUUCAUUGGGUUUUCUGCUUGUUUUUCUUUGUGGGUUUUCUUUUUUUUGUAUGAAACGUGGAGACUUAAAGCUUUAGACAGCUUUCAGCUACACCAAAUUCUCAUUUUUUACUUUCUUUGUGGGUUUUUUUUUGUAUGAAGCUUGGAGACUUAAAGCUUUAGACAGCUUUCAGCUACACCAAAUUCUCAUUUUUUAUUUUCUUUGUGGGUUUUUUUUUUUGUAUGAAGCUUGGAGACUUACAGGUUUAGACAGCUUUCAGCUACACCAAAUUCUCAUUUUUUAUUUUCUUUGUGGGUUUUUUUUGUAUGAAGCUUGGAGACUUACAGGUUUAGACAGCUUUCAGCUACACCAAAUUCUCAUUUUUUAUUUUCUUUGUGGGUUUUUUUUUGGUAUGAAGCUUGGAGACACACAGGUUUAGACAGCUUUCAGCUACACCAAAUUCUCAUUUUUUAUUUUCUUUGUGGGUUUUUUUUGUAUGAAGCUUGGAGACUUACAGGUUUAGACAGCUUUCAGCUACACCAAAUUCUCAUUUUUUAUUUUGUUUAGUUCUUUUGUAUUCACUUCUGGUCUCUUUAAGAGUGUUUUAAAGAAAUCAAUUUAGGGAACCCCAGUUCUAUAAUAUAAACUUUGUAAUCUGAGAGAAAAAAUAUAUAGUAAAUCUAAGUCUUAAGUUUUAACUUUCUAUUGUAAAAAAAUAAUAAGAUACAGAGUUUAACAGAAGGUUAUGUUUCAGUUUUGGUUUCCCGGAGGCUGCCAUUUGGUCUUUGAGUGUGGGGAUGCCCCACACUGGCCCACCAAGCUCAGAGCAUGGUGGCUUCGGCCAGAAAUGCCAGGGACAGCCUCCCAGGCCUGCAGGUGAGGAUGCUUCCCCCUGCCAGCCUCCAGGCACCUGUCCAGGCCCUCCUCAGCCUCUCUGCCCUCCUCAGGGGUGGAGGAGUCUCUGGGCCCCAGGAAGAUUCCCUCCCGGAGACUUGCACGGUUCUCCUGCUCACGUGUUGUCACAGCCCAGAAAUGCCUGAAAACAGGCAUUCUCCCAGACCUCGAUGUGGGGGAGCCCCCAGGGGGGCGCUGGGUGUGGCGCUGUGGUGUGGUCUGUCCUGGAUGGUGGCCAGGGCUUUCUGCCAGCACUUCUGGAUGGAUAUAGGGACUAUCGUUAGUAUCCUCAUAGGUGGUGAUUUAAAAAACCCUAACAUUCAUUCAGAGUCCGCCAGCCCUUACAGAUCCAGAUAUGCCCUUACUGUAGAGGGAACUCUGAUGAGGAAAUGCUGGUAAGUUACCAUUUUUUAAAUUGCUGGUGAGUUUUCAGCCAGUUGGUUAAACUUUUAAGUUUUAUUUAUAAUAAAAAUAUAAAUGGAUUUGAAAGUUUCAAUUUUUUGAAAGUUACCCUUGUUUUUCAAAGGCAUUUUCUAAACGGAUCUUUAAUGGACUAAACUGAACUUAAGGGAUUCGCACACAGCAGGUGACAGGUCACACAGGCUGAUUGGCACAGGGCGGGGUGAUGCACACCCUAAACCGGGGUGCCUGGGCAUGUGGGGUGCUCCUUGCAGUGCCCCUGCAGCCGCAGGGCAGUGAGUCGCCUGUGUGCGCUAUCAGGGGAGCGGCUGGCUGCAGGGGCAGCACAGCAGGAGCAUCGUGGGGCCCUCCCUUCCCGGCUGGUUCUCUGCGAUGGUGGCAUCGUGCUCACCUCCGCUCCUCUCGUCUAGAAGCCGCUGACCCUGACACCCCACGAAGGGCACACUGAGCAGCUGCAUUGCAGCGGUCACCUUUUUAAGGCUUUCUGUCCAGACUUCAACACUAGUUUCUUUUCAGAGUUUUGAAGGAUUUACGUCUUCCUCAAUGCCCUUGCCAGCGGGCUGAGGGUGACGGCCACCUCCGUUUCUUCUGUAUUAGAAGGCCGUGGUGAUUCAAAUUAGAUUGUCCCACUGCUGAGACCUGUAGGGCAGCUUCUAACGUGCUUUUUUCAAGGGGAAAGGAGCAGUGACAAGUCGUGGAGUCGUGUGUGGGAGAUGGAUUUGGGAAUGCUCUGAGUGACCCCUGGAAGCCGAGGGGGCAGGCUUCGGGUGUGAACUGAACUCCAGAGCCCUCUUCGUGCAGGGCGGCGGCAUCUUGCUCACAAACUGGAAGACACGGUGUCUUUGUGUUCGUUUCUGGUUUUGCUCUUUUGCAGCACUCCUGCCUCUGACAGUCACCCCACAUGAAGAAUGUGUCACAUACAGUGUAGUGCAGUUCUCUAACACUGGCCUAAGGCUUCCAGGAAGGUUUUCUUUUUUAUAUUUAAAAUGUUACUUUUCUGUAUGAUGUGCAUGCAAGUUUACCGUAACUUUUCUUAAACUUUUUAUUGCCGGGGCCGGGCACGGUGGCUCAAGCCUGUAAUCCCAGCACUUUGGGAGGCCAAGGCGGGUGGAUCACGAGGUCAAGAGAUCGAGACCAUCCUGGUCAAUUUGGUGAAACCCCGUCUCUACUAAAAAUGCAAAAAAUUAGCUGGGCAUGGUGGCGCGUGCCUGUAAUCCCAGCGACUCAGGAGGCUGAGGCAGGAGAAUUGCCUGAACCCAGGAGGCGGAGGUUGCGGUGAGCCGAGAUUGCGCCAUUGCACUCCAGCCUGGGUAACAAGAGCGAAACUCCGUCUCAAAAAAAAAAAACAAAAAACUUUAUUGCCGUUUCUAGUAUAUUCUUGUAAAUGUCAGUUACUGAAAAUGAGUCCAAUGUAAGUAGUUUUAGCUUGUUUAUUGCAAUGCUGGCCUCAACACAACAGAAUAAAAAUGGUAGAAAGUACUCUGUGAUGUUUCUGGUAAUCAUGGUCCCUUCUCCUGGGGCAUUUGUUUUGUUUUCAUAAUAAAAAGCAAACAAACAAAAAAAAAAAGAAAAAGAAAAGAAACAACUGAGUUUCAGGCCGGGUGCAGUGGCUCACGCCUGCACUCAAUGCCAGCACUUUGGGACGCCGACGUGGGUGGAUCGCGAGGUCAGGAGUUCAAGACCAACCUGCCCAACAUGGUGAAACCCCAUCUCUACUAAAAAUACAAAAAUCAGCUGGGCGUGCUGGCGGGCGCCUGUAAUCCCAGCUACUCAGAAUUGCUUGAACCCAGGAGGUGGAGGUUGCAGUGAGCCAAGAUCGUGCCACUGUACUCCAGCCUGAGUGACAGAGCAAGACUCUGUCUCAAAAUAAAAAAACCAAAAAACUGAGUUUCAAACUUUUGAGUGUCUCAAAUCAUCUAGUAAAUCAUUUUCAGUUAUCCAAUUUUAUGCAAGUGCAAUUGGCAAUACAAAUUCUAUCUGACAAGCUUAGUAUCUGCUCAUCUACGGUCCUUAUAUUCUUUAAGGGAAAGAAGCAGUCUGCAUGGUAAGUACGUCAGUAGCCCCCUGGUCUGGCAUUCUCGGGAGUGGCAGGUGGUCCGCUGAACAAGAGUGACGGUGGAGAUUAAAAAGAGUGUCCAUAAAUACCAUUUGCACUUUAUACUUAACGUGUAAAAAAAUAUAGUUACUUCCCAAUCUUUUCAUGUAGAGCCAGAAGUGAUUUAAGUAGUGUUCAACUGUGAGAAUUUAGUUUUCUUGCAUAAACCGUGGGCAUACGAAUUCCCAAUUAGGUUUCUUUAAAAUGGAGUAUAAAUUUUAAAAUGCCCUUAAACAAUCAGAGUACAGAGUUCUUCAUCUUUUACAGCUGACUUAUUCUUAUCUACGUGGAAACAUUUUUUCAUAGUGACUUGACUUGGAAAGCAUUAAUUUUCUUACAAUCUCUUACGUCUCACUCAUAUCUCAUCAGUUAUAUAUUUAAUUGAGGCUGGGUGCGGUGACUCACGCCUGUAAUCCCAGCACUUUGAGAGGCCAUGGAGGGUGGAUCAUUUGAGGUCAGGAGUUGAAGACCAGUCUGAUCAACAUGCUGAAAUCCUGUCUCUACUAAAAAUACAAAAAAUUAGCCAGGCACGGUGGCACAUACCUGUAGACCCAGCUACUUGGGAGGCUGAGGCAGGAGAAUUGCUUGAACCUAGGAGGCAGAACUUACAGUGAGCUGGAUAACAGAGAGAGACUUGGUCUCAAAAAUAAAAAUUAAUUGAAUUACAUUUUAGAAUAAUCCUUGUGGGUGUGGAGAAACUGACUCUUGGUAGGCACACAGUCUAACUGAUGUGAGCCCAAGCGACUGCCCUCCUAGAGAAUGCCCAAGGCCUUCCAAUGGCCAGUGUAAUAGGCAGUCAGCAUGUCUUAGAGGAAACGAGGUGUGCUGGGUAAGCAGAUCAGACAGCCAUGAGAGCUCUGUGGCUGGGAGAACUUUUUAAGUGGCCUCAAUUCCUCUUUUUGGAAAUACUCUUUAUGUUUUACAGUAAUUUCAGAUGUAUGGAAAAGUUGCAAAGAUACUACAGAGUGUUGCCUCGGUUUCCCCCACUGUUAACAUUACAUUAUAUAGUAUGUUUGUCACAACUAAGAAACCAACAUUGGUUCAUGAGAAUGAUCUAAAACUCUAUACUUUAUUAGGGUUUUACGAUUUUUUUCACUGUUGUCCUUUUUCUGUGCCAAGAUCCCAUACAAGUUACCGCACGAAGGAGUCGUCCUGUCUCCUCAGCGUCUUCUGGUCUGUGACAGUUUCUCAAACUUGGUUUUUCAUAACCUUGACAGUUUUGAGGAAUACUAGCCGUAUGUCCUAUAGAACGUUCCCCCAAUCAACAUUCAUCUGUUUUACUCAUGAUUAGACCGGGUUCUGAGUUUUGGGGGAAGAAUACCAAAGAAUACCACAUCCUAUCAACAGGACUUUUCACCAGGAUGUUAACUGUCACCUGGCCACGGCAGCAUCUGACAGGCUUCUCCACUUAAAGUCGCUUAUUUUUUCCCCUCCCCAUGCUCUGCUUUUUGGAAGCAAGUCAUUAUGUGUAGCCCACAUUCAAGAAGGCGCUGGAGGAGGAAUCCAUCUUCACCAGGGAAUAUCUACAUGAAGUAUCUGAAAUUCUUUGGUAAAGAAGCACUGUCUUCUGUCCCCAUUUAUUUAUUUAUUCAUUCAGUUGUUGUACCGGUACAGGCUCAUGGACACCUAUUUUACUGAGUUAUAAUCCAACGGUAUACGAGUUUGUUCCAGUUUCGGCCACUGGGAGCUCUUUCAGGUUGGCUCUGACAUGUCCCAUCCUUUUGCCUUGUGGGCAUUUCCUGACUCGUUCUGGAACACAACGCGCUCUGGCUCAUCUUGUAUUUUCCCUGCCCCGGCCCUAGAAUCAGCAAGUUCUGCAAGGAGCCCCGGUUUCUUUUACUAGGGAAUGGCAUUAGAAACCCAGAUCUGGUGCUAGGUGGGUUCAUUGCUACGGGGUGUCACUGCUUUAGGCCCUCUACAUUUGCCAACCCCCGUAUACACACACACCUAUAAUUACUUCUGCUUUUAUACAUCUUAAUGUAUAUUGAGCUAACUAUGAAUUCUUACUGAUAUUGUGGACAAAUCCAUUACCACGUGGCUCAUUUUAGUCUUUCUACUUCCCUCUUCAACAGUAAGAAACCUGGCUCCCCCCAUCUAUCAGUUUAAUAUCAAGGACUAACUUUCUACUUUUUUCUCUACUUCAUGUAAUUCUAUAAAUUUAUCAUCUGUAAUUUCCAGAUGUCAUUGAGAGGAAUAUAGGAGCAGGAGGAGAAAUAACAAAAAUAUGAAAUACUUUUCAAUUUCCCCAGGUUCUUAGUACAUAGUGAAGAGGUGGA